CUGUGAGGUCACUAUCAAUUUUGCCACAAAGUGACAUGUUGAGAAAGAGGAGACAUGCUUUACCCAGACCACAGACUGAAGCUGCUGCUGCUGAUGAUCUGGAUUAUAGUGAUACUUUUUAAUAAAACUGAUUCUACAGAGAACAAUGAUAUCUCUCAGCCUGACCCACUGAUCGCUGCUGAUGUUGGUGAUAACGUGACUCUGCGCUGCUUUACACUGGAAAAUGAUAUCUCUGGAUACAUCAUUUGGUAUCAGCAAAAAAUCGGACACGAGCCUCGCAUAAUAGUCGCAGUCCAACAUGAAUCCAGUUAUGAAAAUGAGUUCAAGCCACCGAAAUUCAACAUCAAUAAAGAAAAAAGGAAAUACCAUUUAAAAAUCGCUCACGUGGAACCAUCAGAUGAAGCCAUGUAUUACUGUGGAUAUAGAAAAUUUUUAACGAGGUUUGGAAAUGGAACAUUUUUAGCAGUCAGAGGUAAUGAAGAUGUAAAUGUCACAGUGAGGCAGCAUAGAGUGUUAGACCCGGUUCCUGCAGGAGCCUCAGUGACUCUGCAGUGCUCGGUUCUCUCUGAGAGCAGAGCAGCAGAACUCCAAGUGCUCUGGUUCAGAGCUGCUGCACCACAAUCCCAUCCUCAAAUCAUUUACACUCAUCACAACAGCAGCCAUCAGUGUGAGAGCGGCUCUUCUACACACACCUGUGUGUACAACUUCACCAAGAACAUCCUCAGCCUCAGUGAUACUGGAACUUACUACUGCGCUGUGGCCCUGUGUGGGAAGAUCGUAUUUGGGAACGGGACACAAGUACAGCUGGUGAGAUCUCCGGAUCCUGCAGUGAUCUUCCUCACUGUAGCUUUGGCAGUGUCUGUGGUUGUGAUCUUCGCUUUGAUCGUUGCCCUAAACCGUAAAAGGAGCACAGGUGAACAACACAGUGCGAGAUUAAAACAAGGUUCUGUGACAGACAAGACUCGCAAUCAGGACCGUGACAAAGAGGAACUGAAUUACGCUGCCUUACAUUUCAAUGAGAGGAGAACCGAAAGAGGAAGAGUCAAGAAACAACCUCAACAUAUUAUUUAUUCUGAUGUGCGAGGUCUUUCUAUAACUUAGAUUUGAUAUAUAAUAUGAUUAAGUAUUGUUAAUUCUGCUCUUUCAUGAUUUCUCAUAAUAAAAAAAUGACUAAUCAUUAAUCAAGUGACCCAAUGUACAAAUUUAUGUUGUUGAAACCUUGUAUUUUAAGAUUAUUAUUCAAAUAUGUUUUACUACAUUCUUGCUAUCAAUUUUACUUUCUUUCCUGCCCUGCUUUCGUUUGAAGUAUAAUUAUUAAUUAAGCACACAUUAUACAGGCCAUAUGUUCUCCAAAACCGUUCAAAAGCACACAAUUGUACAAAAUGUCUUUGUUGACUGUAAAUUUAAGAUUUCACUUGACUAUAACAAAGAGGUUCAAACAGUGUUCCAGCAUGACAAUGCCCCUGUGCACAAAGCCCCUAAGCUUCAUGAAGACAUGGUGUAGAGGUUAAGGUUGGAGAGGAAGAACUCGAGUGUCCUGCACAGAGCCCUGACUCUGACUCACCCCCUUUGGGAUGGAACACUGACUGCACCCCAGACCUCCUCACCGCCCCAACAUCAGUGCCUGAUCUCACUAAUGCUUUUGUUGAUGUAUGAACACAAAUCCCCACAGCCAUGCCCCAACAUCUAGAGAAAAGCCUAGAGCCCUACCCACCGCCCCC